UUGGGUGGGAGUUGACUUGCGCAUGCGCCAGUGAUCCGGUCAUCCGGGUCUCUGCCAUUGAGAGUGUCGGUAAGGAGGCGGGAAAUGGCGUCUGGAGGAGCAGCGCAAGAGCGGACUGACGGUCUCUGAAUACAGCCAGCUAGUCAGAGACGGCUAAAGAUCAGCGGCCGCCCCCCGCCGCGGCUAUCAGCAGCCAGGCAAUCUCAGCCACCUCAGCGACGAGAUACUGAAGUCUUUGGCAAUCUUUCAUGUGACGGUUAGGACGAUGAGGCUGAGAAUGCGCAAGGCUUCUCAGCAGCCCAGCCCCGCCCACGCGCCCCGCCCGUCCCGGACCAAGCGGAGGCACUCCGAGGUGGAGGAGUGCGUGUCUGCCGGCGGAGGCAAGAUGAGGAAGAGCGACACGGGGCUGCUCUCCACCAUCAAGAAGUUCAUUAGAGGAAGCGCCGUGAAGGUGGAGCAGGAGAACCCGGCGAAGAGGAGCCGCAUGGACUGCACCCUGGACGCCAACCUGAUUUCCUCCACACCGCACACCGGGGACCUGCCCAACAGGGCCAUGCCUCGGGUCCGCCGGAGAGGGCCCGUCAACGGGGACGCCACGAACCACGACACGAGCAAGCCGGUCAAGCCCAACGGCAAGCUGGAGCAGACUGCCGACACCGCCUCCAGCCCGCCCCGCACCACCCUGCUGGGCACCAUCUUCUCUCCGGUCUUCAACUUCUUCUCACCAGCAAACAAAAACGGCACAUCAGGCUCAGACUCCCCAGGGCAGGCUGUGGAGGCAGAGGAGAUCGUCAAGCAGCUGGACAUGGAGCAGGUGGAGGAGACCCCCACCUGCACGGCCACCUCCACAGAGAGCGUGGGCAUCCCGCUGUACCCCAGCGUCCCCCCCCCGGCCCCUCGGCCCCCGCCCCCUCCGGAGACAGCCCCGGAGGAAGGGGAGAUCGUAGCCGACCCUGACCUCCCCCCUCUCACAGCCCCAGGCUCCGCCCCUGAAGUCGGCUACUCUGAGGCUCCGCCCACCUCCCCUGCAGAGGGCUCGUAUGAAGAGGACUGGGAGGUGUUUGACCCGUACUUCUUCAUCAAGCACGUGCCCCCACUGACAGAAGAGCAGCUAACCCGCAAGCCAGCACUUCCACUCAAGACCCGCAGCACACCCGAGUUCUCCCUGGUCCUGGACCUGGAUGAAACGUUGGUACAUUGUAGCUUAAACGAGCUGGAGGACGCAGCGCUUACCUUCCCCGUCCUCUUCCAGGAUGUCAUAUACCAGGUGUACGUACGAUUGAGGCCGUACUUCAGAGAGUUCCUGGAACGGAUGUCUCAGAUAUACGAGAUCAUUCUCUUCACUGCUUCUAAGAAAGUGUAUGCAGAUAAGCUGUUGAAUAUCCUCGACCCCAAGAAACAGUUGGUUCGACACAGGCUGUUUCGGGAGCACUGCGUUUGUGUACAAGGAAACUACAUCAAGGACCUGAAUAUCCUUGGGAGGGAUCUGUCAAAGACCAUCAUAAUUGACAAUUCACCACAAGCCUUUGCCUAUCAGCUGUCCAACGGGAUUCCCAUUGAGAGCUGGUUCAUGGAUAAAAAUGACAGCGAACUCCUGAAAUUGGUUCCGUUCCUGGAGAAGCUUGUGGAACUGAACGAGGACGUCCGGCCGCACGUGCGGGAGCGCUUUCGACUGCACGACCUGCUGCCCCCAGACUGAACGGCGCACCCUGCCGCAGAAGGCCCGCCUGCCCCAGAGGACGAAAACGAAGGAAAUAAACACAAACAGUUCAACAACAAAACAAACAAACGAAAACACGUUAUACACUUUGGAUUACGACGAAGACAUUGCCAUCACUGUUGAAAUUUUAAAUCGAUUCUCCGUUCUUUUUUUUUUCUUUUUUUUACACCCCAGAUAAUUAAAAAAAAAAACCCUACAUGUUUUGAAGCAACAUCUCUGAUCAUACAGUUUAUAAAUGCAAAUAUGUAUGAAUAUGUAAAUGUACUCGCGUUAAUAGUAGGCAAGGCCUGGGAGAGUGCUCCAUUUGACUGGCCUUGGUCUGGAUCGGCCUCCCCCUCCACUUGGCAACGACAGGAAGCCAGGCGUCAGCGGCCGCUGUGUCGGCCCCGCCCCCCAGCCAGGCGUGUGGCAUCACAUGGACCCGGCGACUGCACGCGCUCUGUUUGGUGCUCCAAGUGGAGCGCUUCACACUCACUGACUUAAAAAAACUCAUUUCAACAGGAAUGGCCAGUUUAAAAAAACAAAACAAACACAAAAAAGACAUGUAUAUAUCUUCUUUCCCUCUUCAGGUUUUUAAAAGUUUUUACUUUAGUGCAGGAUUUCAUUAUGCAUUCCUUUUUAGUUGAAGCUUUUUUCAUUCUGGUUAAUAGUUUUAUCCUGUCAUUGUUUAAGUGGCUGUUCUUCUGCUUUGUCUGCCUGAACAAUGUACAAUUUGUUUUUUGGUUAUUUUAAUGGGACAAAAAAUUGUAUUCGUCCCAAGUCGUUUAAAAAACUAAAUGCAUUUAUACGGUUUCAGUAAUAAGGUAUUCCACUGAAAUUUUGAAACACAUCUUCCAUAUCACUCAAAUGGGGAAUAAUUACUUGAGCUUUUAAUAUGGUUAUGACCUAAAAUAGGGUGGGAGGUAAUUGACUGUUUAAACCAUGGUGAUGGCUUGAUCUCUUCACUUGGGCACGGAAGUGUUUUGGUUUCCCCAAAAUCAGUCUGAAAACUGACAUUUAGUCAUUGGUCAGUUUUAUUUAAGCCCAGAUUUGACUGUAAAUUUCACAUGUGAUAGUAUGUUCUAAUGUUUGACAGCGUGGAACAGGACUACUCACAAUCUGAAACGUGUAGGUUUACCCUUACUCCAACGUCCAGACUUGGCUAUGUUUAGAAUAUAAGGAGAUUUAUUUGCACAAUUAUUUUCUUGGUAAACUCAAAUUUGUGCCAUGCGGUUUCGACACAUGCUGUCAGUCAAGUGCACAAAUUGGUCAGAGUCUGUUUUUAUUUUUCUUCUGUAUGUAAUAUGAAGAUGAGCUGAGAGAGAAUGGAAGGGAAGUGCUUAUGAUUUUUAUUUUGUCUUACGACAGGAAAAGUAUUAAGAGAAAUGGCAGUGUAGCGCAGGCUGUUUGACAGUCUUGGUCCUUUCCCACAGACUGUGGGUGACUGAGGCCUCACCCUGAAACAGCCCUAGGUGUAGCACCAGCAUGAGUGCAAGCUUCAUCACUGUGGUUUAAAUCCUGCCUACAGUUCACUUUGUUUUUUUUUGUUUUUUGUUUUUGCUUUCUUUUUUGGGGGGGGGGGGGGUGUCAGUUUUGGUUUUUAUAAUGGAUUUUGUCAUGCUUUUUGUUGAAAUGCAGUUGAAUGUCAGUGUGUGGAGAACCUUCAUUAUGUAUGCAUCUCUGCCCAAGUCUUGAGAAAGCUAGAAAAAAGAAUUUGUCUUUUUCCCACGGGCUUUCUCUUUUGUAUUUGGUAUUGCUUAUUGGUUCCAGGAUCACAAACGUGCGUGGGGGGGAGGAGCUGUGAUCAUUCUGUCCAUUGCCUAUUUUGACUGCAUUUGCAUACUCACAGGGCUUGGAUUGUUAAUUAUAUGCCCCGUUUAGGUUUCCGUACCCUCAUCCUCCUCCCUCAUAAGUGAAUGUAGCCCAGGGGUGUCCAUGAGCUGGUCUUUUUUUUUUUUUUUUUUUUUUUUAACUGAUUUGGGGUGGGUGUGUGUGUGUGUCUCUGCAUGUCUGUCUGUCUGUCUCCAGGUUUUGUCCCUAUUGUCUCAACUUUUACACCUCAGCCCCACCCCGCACCCCUCCUAAUAGGUAGAGCGAGACAAUCGAGGCCCCCGUCAGCUUGUCUGCAACAUUACGAAUGGUCCUUGAGGACUAAGACUGCAGUUUGCUAUCAUUGUGAGUGUAGAAAGGAGUAGAGUUUUCUGGAGAACGAAGUUCUGUGUUCCACACUUCUGUGACAUAGUACAGUAAGGGGGGGAGGGGGGCGAACGGACUCUUUCUUUGAACUGUAUAUGAUCAACUUUACUGAUUUCAGCUUUUAUCAGUGUUUUAAUGAUGGGUGCUAUGAUGUAUUUUGGGAAAGUAAGACGGGCGCCGUUGUAGACCAUGUCUUCAGGGUGGUCAUGGUAUUACGACAAAAGGUCAAGACCUACACCAUGACUGUGGUAUAUGUAAUGUGUGCAGAGAUGGUCGCCUGUGUAAUAUUUACAGUGUUUUGGAGAAAGAACAAAGAUAAACUAAACUGAACACUCCAUACAUCUUCGUAGAGCACAAAUAAUACAUGUGCAAAGUACUGGCAGUUAUUUUUCUGGCAUAUUUAUACUGAUUUUGAAUGCAUUGAAGUCAAUGGUUAUAUGGACGGUUCUAAGAUGGGGGCUUUUUGCAUGAACUUAAAUGAAUUUGCUGUCUCCUCCCUCUUGAACAACUUCUGCACCCACUCCAGCAUCUCUGCAAAAUCUGCCCCCAAUAGAAGCCUGACAAUUUACCCUGUAAAUGCCUCGGAAAGAGGAGAGUGGGACACCCCUUUGUUUUGUGGGCCCUGGCACUUUUCUAAUGAAGAGCUAGCUCAUUUUGUAUGAUUGUUAAAGAGCAGUACAGAGAUUUUAUGGUAAGAGGGGAGAAGAAAAAAAAGUAUUUCAAAUGUAAACAGUUAAUUUUUUAUGUAUAUUACCAGUUUUAUUGUACAAUGGUAUUGUACAAAAUACAUGCAGCUUCAUUUUUAAAAAAAGAAAAAACAUCCUUAAAAUAAGGAAAAUCUUUUUAAGAAAAACAUUUAAUUUUUGUAUUUUUGAUUUCAAGAGGCAUGUUAUGUCUACUUUUUAAGUGUAUUAAUGAAGAUUUUAACUUUACAUCAGGUCGAGUGUGUUUUCUUACUAUAUUAUCUGUGUAUGUAGGCCUAGUUAGCACAUUGUGUCACUGAGCUGUUAAAAAAUCUAGCAUGUAGAAAGAAGCCUGUUUUGUGGGAAAAUCCUUCAUUAAAUUUUAAUCAUGGCAGUUUUUUCUGCAGAAAA